AUGUCGCGAGCCCAGGCCCCUAACCCUGCGGGGUCUCGUAAGAUCUCCUUUAACGUCAGUGAGCAGUACGACAUUCAAGAUGUCGUUGGUGAGGGUGCCUACGGUGUUGUCUGUUCGGCAAUCCACAAGCCCUCUGGCCAAAAGGUGGCCAUCAAGAAGAUCACGCCCUUCGACCACUCCAUGUUCUGUCUGAGAACACUGCGCGAGAUGAAGCUUCUCCGAUACUUCAACCACGAGAACAUCAUCUCCAUUCUCGACAUCCAAAAGCCCCGCAACUACGAGACCUUCCAGGAGGUCUACCUGAUUCAAGAACUCAUGGAGACGGAUAUGCACAGAGUCAUUCGCACGCAAGAUCUCUCGGAUGAUCACUGCCAAUACUUCAUCUACCAGACACUGCGCGCCCUCAAGGCUAUGCACUCGGCAAACGUGCUGCACAGAGACUUGAAGCCCAGCAAUCUCCUCUUGAACGCUAACUGUGACCUCAAGGUUUGUGAUUUCGGCUUGGCACGAUCUGCUGCUUCUCAGGAGGACAACUCGGGCUUCAUGACCGAAUAUGUUGCCACCCGUUGGUACCGUGCCCCCGAGAUCAUGUUGACCUUCAAGGAGUAUACAAAGGCUAUCGAUGUCUGGAGUGUUGGAUGCAUUCUGGCCGAGAUGCUUAGUGGGAAGCCUUUGUUCCCCGGAAAGGACUACCACCACCAGCUUACGCUCAUCCUGGACGUUCUUGGUACGCCGACUAUGGAGGACUACUACGGCAUCAAGUCGCGCCGUGCUCGCGAGUAUAUCCGCUCUCUGCCCUUCAAGAAGAAGGUGCCUCUUCGAACCUUGUUCCCUAAGACCUCUGAUCUGGCCUUGGAUCUGCUGGAGAAGCUGUUGGCAUUCAACCCUGUCAAGCGAAUCACUGUGGAGGAGGCGCUGAAGCACCCUUACCUCGAGCCCUACCAUGACCCUGAGGACGAGCCCACCGCUCCCCCGAUCCCUGAAGAAUUCUUCGACUUUGACAAGCACAAGGACAACCUGAGCAAGGAGCAACUGAAGCAGCUCAUCUACCAGGAGAUCAUGCGAUAA